CGGCCCCAGGAGCAGGAGCAGCAGCAGGAGGAGGAGGAGGAGGAGGAGGAAGAAGAAGAAGAGGGGAGCGCGGCGCGCGGGACGUGGCUGCGCACGCCCUGCCGCGCGCCCAGGAUGAAGAUGAUCAGUGCCCUGCUAGUUACUCUAUGGCUGUGUAUGAUCACCCUCAGCAGCAGCUCCGAACGUUGUGAUGACUGGGGUGUGGACACCAUGAAACAGAUACAGAUUUAUGAUGGGGAACCUGCUAAGAUCAAAUGCCCACUCUUUGAGACCUUCCUGAAGUACAACUACAGCACAGCCCAUUCUGCUGGCUUAACCCUGAUCUGGUACAGGAUUGGGCAGGACCGGGAUCUGGAGGAGCCCAUUAACUUCCGUCUCCCAGACAAUCGCAUCAGUAAGGAGAAAGACACCCUUUGGUUCUGGCCUGCCCUUCUCAAUGACACUGGGAAUUAUACAUGUAUGCUCAGAAAUACAACCUACUGCAGCAAAGUUGCAUUUCCCUUGGAGGUUGUUGCAAAAGACGAACACUCUUGUGUCAGCCAUUCAAUAAAACCAGCUGAGGAGAUGUUCUACCUGGAGCAUGCUAAUGAGAAGAUCAUAUGUCCAGAUAUUGAUGGAUUUUAUCCAGCUAGUGUAACACCAACUGUCAAAUGGUACAGGAACUGCAGGUUGGUGGAUGGCUACUAUGAGCGAUAUCCCCAAGGGUCCAAGCUUGUUAUUGGCAUUGUUCGCAGUGUGUAUGAAGGGAAUUACACUUGCAUUGUGACAUUCAACGACCACGGGAGAACGUAUAAUCUCACUAGAACCAUAAAGAUGAAGGUUGUGGGGUCUCCCAACAAGGCUUUGCCACCACAGUUCACCUCUCCGAACGAGAAAGUUGUCUAUGAGCUGAACCCAGGAAAUGAGCUUGUUCUGUCCUGUGAAGUCUUCUUCACUUUCUUGAAGGACUCCCGAACUGAGGUGUGGUGGACCAUAGAUGGGAAAAACACAGAUGACAUUAUGGACCCCAAGAUAAAAGUCACACAAAGUGAAAUCAUUGGAAAUUUUGAAGACAAAACUAUCAUAAGGACUCUAACAGUUGCAAAAGCUACACCAGAGGAUUUGAAACGCAAUUACACUUGCUACGCCAGAAAUGCCAGAGGGGAGAACCAUAGCCAGGCCAUAGUGCACAUGAAAGUUGUGCCACCAAAGUACACCGUGGAGCUGGCCUGUGGACUGGGAGCCACCAUCCUGCUUGUUGUGGUGCUGAUAGUUGUCUAUCAUGUUUAUUGGCUUGAAAUGGUUCUCUUCUAUCGAGCCCAUUUUGGAACAGAUGAAACCAUUCUAGAUGGGAAGGAGUACGAUGUAUACGUGUCCUAUGCACGAAAUGCAGAAGAGGAGGAGUUUGUGCUGCUGACACUGCGAGGAGUCCUGGAGAAUGAGUUUGGGUACAAGCUAUGCAUCUUCGACAGAGACAGCCUCCCUGGAGGAAUUGUCACAGAUGAAACCCUGAGCUUCAUCCAGAAAAGCCGCCGACUACUUGUUGUCCUGAGCCCCAACUACGUCUUGCAGGGGACACAGGCCCUGCUGGAGCUCAAGGCUGGUCUAGAGAAUAUGGCUUCCAAGGGCAGCAUCAAAGUCAUUCUAGUGCAGUACAAAGCCAUCAAGAAGAGCAAGGUGAAGGAGCUGAAGCAGGCCAAGACAGCCUUGACUGUCAUUAAAUGGAAAGGCGAGAAAUCAAAAUUUCCAAAGGGCAGGUUCUGGAAGCAGCUGCAGGUGGAAAUGCCGGUAAAAAAAAAUAGCAGGAGUUCAAGCCUCAAUGGCCAAGAGCCUUCAUAUUUCUCCCUAAGAAAUGUUUGACACUAUCAGGAAAAAAAAAUCACAAGUUAGGCUGGGAGUGGGAAAGAACUCAGGGCUUACCAUGAAGGACUCUGUCCUGAGCAUUUCAGAGGACAGUUGUGUUUCCCUGCAGCUUUCCUACUGCCCUGACCAAAGACACACACACCUUCUUUUUGCAAAUGCUAACUUCUAAUCAACUACAAAAGUCCCAGGCUCAUGAUCUGAAUUUGAACUCUGUAGGUGGGGUGCAGUCAGUACCUGGUGAUAGCAUAGCAUUUGUACAGGCCAGUACUUCUAUCUCCAACUUCUAUUAGACCCUCUUUAAAUCCCUUGGCAGGGCUCUUUCCCUCUCUUAAGCAGCUUCACUCCUUCCUGUUCACUGGUCCCCACUGAGGAGGCUGAGGGGCAGUUUGAACAGUGUCUGCAGUGUGGAGCCUUUCACGUGCCUCAUAGUCCUGCAGGAUUGCAGAUAUCUGCUUCUGUGGGGGAAGCACACUAAAACCCCUACACUCUUAAGGCUCCUCAUUGCCUCCUUGCACACUCCUGUAGGAGCAGAUGCAUUCAGGUAGUUUGCCAGUGUGAAAUGACUGUUACAGAAGCAAACCUUUUUGUUUUUUUUUUGAAGCUCUGUUAUGUGCUAUUUGUAUUAUAUCAUUUCUACUAAUAAGUGGUCAGUCUCUGGGACUCUGCAGUCUUCUGAGUGUCCCAGAUCCUUCAGGGCUGUAAUGCUCUUAAUCCAGGAGAAUCUCUUGUUAGCAGAGGUCAUGGAGCAUGUGUAAAAGGUGCUUAUUCAUAGAAUAAACUCAGGGACUUCACAAGCACUGCAAGGAACCCCAAUUUACUACUGAACACCCCUGCUCUGUCUGUGCUGCUCCAGUGGGAAGGCAUCAUGGAAAGUGUUGCUGAGGACACGGCACAACACUAGAUAUCUGCCCAGCUUUCUAGGGGACCCCACAAACUUAUCUGAACUGAGUGAUGAGCAUCGUGUUUUUUGUAAUUCAGGGCUUGGGUUUAAACCUACUUCAGUUUUACAGAGCAAACCUCUGCUCCUCUUGUUCUCAGUCCAGAGUUGCAGAAUGAAGGUCUGUCUCAGGUUCUGCAGCCUUUCACAACAGCCACAGGGUACCAGUCCUUGCUUAAAUAGGAGGCAGCAGGCGCAGGAAGGGCCUACAUGUUAAUGCACCUGCAGACGGGCCUUGCAGACAAAGGGGGAGUGUCGCUUCCCUUGUAGGACAGACCAAAGCACAGCGGGCCUUGGCUAGUACUGUUGUUCACAAUGUUUUCACAUAAUACUACAAACUCUGGGGGUGCCUCAAUAUUCCCGUAACUACCUGUGUAAGGACCUUCUCACAUAGUUACGGAAUUCAGUGUUACACACACUAAGUGCAUGUUUAGUUUUUAUAGAUAAUGAUCGCUCUUGAGUCAGCUCUGACUCAUGCUUUCACUCUGCUGGUGUCCAGUGAGUGAGGUGUAGCCAUCCAUAAUGGCAUUAAAAAAGCACUACAAGUCGGAGUAUACGCACUAUUCACUCAAGUGGGCUGCGAGGUUUGUGGGUGACCCAGCAAGCAGUCCAGCUUUAAAGGUGUGGGGCUGACUCCUGGAGUCAGCAAAGACCCCUUACCCUUAUGAUCUUCUUAUUACUAAUUGUAUUCAGGGGAGUUGGGGGCCCCAGCCACCACACCACUGGGCUAGGUACUGUAAAAACAUGGAACAAAUAGAGCCUUCUUUCUUGCCUUCCUCUUCAUCCCUCCCUCCCCCUCCCCCCCCCAAUAAGCUUUGUUUUAAGCAGGUGAAAAAUUGCAGUCGGCUUCACUAAAGGCAGUGGGGCUUCUUACCUGCUUAGAGGUGCUUAAAAGUUUUGCUGUUGUUGAGCCUUCCUUCUGCAGAAAGGCAGAGCAGAUUCCCACACUCCGUGAAGCUUCAUUUGUAUGAGAUACCAUCCAAAAAUAUGCUAAGCUUUGUGAAGCCAUUGCAACUGCAUUAUUUUGCCCAGCUUCAUCUUUUUGUUCAUGUUCUCAGCAUCUCUGUAAGCAGCUGCCAGAUCUGCAGGCAGAGGAAAGGCCCUGAGGCCAAAGCAGAACUGUGUUAGAUUCCAAUUUGAUUUCUAAAAAAUUGUCUCAGAAAUAUGCAUCAAUUCAAUUAACAUCCUAGACCUCACCACAUUGCCUCUCACUUUUGGCUGUGGCACCAAGAGAGUUUCUGCUGAUAUUUUUCUAAGCCUGAUAUUAUUUAGAAAAUUAAAGCCCCCUCAUUUACUUUGCUGGGUUUAUUCUAAAAGUUUUCUAAAUAAAUAAUGGGCAUAGUCUUUCUCUGGCAUACAGUGCAGUGGCCUUUGGUGCCAUUGCAACCCCAGAACAGGAUUACCGAGAGAGGCGAAGCAAAAGCUCGGCAGAACACCCACAAGGCAAAAGGUGAGAUGGUCUAAAAUGGGCAUGAGAGGUCCAAAGGGAGUAGUGUGGAAGGAGCGGACUGGAGCUUGACCACUGGCUUCAGUGGGAGCUGCCAGACCAGGGGCAAACCCAAAUGUUGGCUGCAAUGCAGCUCUGCAGACCUCCUCUAAUAAACCUUCCAUUACUUCCUAUGCCACACAUGGUUUCCAUUAGAGGAUCCUGUCACUGUCUGUCUAGUUCAGCUGACUCAUUUGAGUCUCUGUGCUGUAACCUAACAUUUAUCAAUAUGCAGCUCAUACAAAGUUCCUCAUUGUUAUUUCAUGGGGAAACAGCCUUGCACAAAUUGGAAUGGAUAUUUCCCUCUGUGCUGUUUGAUGUUUUACAGCUGUUCCAGAGUUCUCCCUUCUCUUUUCUGUAUGUUUUUACCUUUGUGUUAUUUGAUCUGUGAAG